CUCACUCUUUGUCUCCUUCAGACCAUCGACCAGUUUGAAUAUGACGGCUGUGACAACUGCGAGUCGUACCUUCAGAUGAAAGGGAACCGAGAUAUGGUUUAUGAAUGCACAAGUUCCUCAUUUGAUGGUGUGAUAGCCAUGAUGAGUCCUGAGGACAGCUGGGUGGCUAAAUGGCAGAGGAUAGGUAACUUCAAACCAGGUGUAUACGCAGUGUCAGUGACCGGAAAACUACCUCCAGGCGUGGUGAGAGAGCUGAAAAGCAGAGGAGUGAUCUACAAAUCCAGAGAUACGGCGGUGAAGACAUGAAGCUGAUUCAGCAGAGCGGAGUCACACACACACACACACACACAUACACACACACACACCUCUUUUGUCUUUCGGAGCUGCCUUUCAGCUGUUUCAUUUCUGUUUGUUGUUGUGAGUAGAGAUAUUAGCACGAGCUCUGACGGAGGAGAGGAAGACUUU